ACAAAAUAAAAGAACAUUAUUGGUUUAAGGGCAUGAGACGGUUUGUACAAAAAUAUGUCAAUUCGUGUUUAAACUGUUUAUAUUAUAAGGGUGGUUCAGGUCGUAAACCAGGUUUACUGAAUUCCAUAGAAAAAGUGGCAAUGCCAUUUCAUACAGUGCACAUCGAUCAUGUCGGACCUUUUGUGCGUAGCAAACGCAAUAAAAACUAUAUAUUGACAAUUGUUGAUGGCUUUACAAAGUUUUGUAUACUUGAACCCGUCGCUGACACCUCCGUUCGAGGAGUAUUAAAAACGUUGCAACAGAUGAUUGCAAUUUUCGGAGUGCCAUCACGUAUAAUUAGCGAUAGAGGGUCGGCCUACACCUCGCUCCGAUUCAAAAAGUUUGUGGAAGAAUUGGGGAUCAAGCACAUUUUGAAUGCAGUGGCAACACCACGAGCUAAUGGUCAGUGUGAACGAGUGAACCGGACACUGUUAAAUUCGUUAGCAGCAACAUGUGCCGGAAAACCUGAAGAAACCUGGGACGAGUAUGUCAAAGUUGUACAAAGUGGUAUCAAUUCCACAGUUCACCGAACUACCAAGAAGUCACCAACACAAUUAUUGUUUGGAUACAAGCCACGUGGUAUGGCAGAUGCCAAAUUGGUGGCGAGCAUACAAGAUACUUUAGAUCAGAUUGAUCUUGAACAAUUGCGGAAGGAAACAAAAGAAAUAAUUGAUAAGGAUCAGAAGAGUCAAAAACAAAGAUUUGACAGCAAGAGAUUCAAAGCACCAAAAUAUGCAGUUGGUGAAGUGGUCAUGGUCGCAGCUAGCCCGGUUGCGACAGGAGAAAGCAAAAAAUUAGUUGCUAAAUCAAAAGGACCAUUUAAAAUCACAGCCGUAUUGCCAAACGAUCGUUAUGAGGUGCAGGAUCUCAGGAAUUUAAGAAAAGCUCCAAAUCAACGGAGUAUAGUUGCAGUUGACAGCUUGAAACGCUGGGUCACAUUUGAUGCAACGCAAUGAGAUAUUACACACGAUAAUACCUAAGAUAUUACAUAUAGAAGAGUAGCCUGUUCUUUAGUAGAAGGCUACGGCAGUCUGUUCUUUAGUAGAAGACUGGAUUAAAGUUUUUGGGUAGCCUGUUCUUUAGUA